UGCGUUGUAUCAAGUAGUCUUCAUUAGGCUCGACUUAAUUAGAGCCCGAGAUCUGGUAACUGUCAGUCCAUCUUUAGUUUCUGUAUCAUAUUAUAUUUUUCAAUUUUAGUUCAUUAUAUUCCCCCGAUACUUUCUCAGAUUAAUCGAGACGGCAAAGAAAAACGUGCAACCUCAUUGAAUUUUUCGCAAGCUUUUAUUAGCGCAAUGAUUUUACGACGCAUCUAAUCCACUCGCUUAUUUUGGGAAGACGCAACUUCCGUCAUGACCCAAUGCUUAUCGUCGCCGGCGACCGCAUAUCCUCCGGCGAUUACGGAACGAAGAUCCAUCAGGGACAGGCGGUCUGUCUUGGACGGUUUGCGUGGCCGCCUCCCGUCGUCGCGACGAUUGCACGCGUGCGACCCGGUUGACGAGGCAAAUUGAACAGCAUCCGGAAGCUGCUCCGUGCCUUGCCUCGUCUUACACGGUGUACAAUGUCGCGGAAGCUUUCGAUCGACCAAUUUACAUUGUCUAAUUACUCGUCGCCAUAUACCCAAUUAUUUUCCUCGUGCAUCGCUUUCCUUUGUUCGAGGACACAUGCGGAAAACGUUCAUCUUUACAAGCUUGUAAUUAGUAUAUGUUUUCAUCACCGAUUGUUGCCUCUCGUUAAUUUUAGGAAUUAAAUCGCGUUAUUAUUUCUGCAUUUCAAUGGGGAGAUGCAUCGAAAUUUCGUAUUUCUAUAUUUUCGGUUAUGCAAACUCAAAGCGGGGUCUCUUCCGGAUCCCCCGCGGUUUACGUUGGAAAUUGCGUUACACGUAGAAAUAAUACAUAGAUAUUGUAUUGCGGCGGCGCUACAAUACGCUGGUAUUCGAUUUCCAGACAGAAUUGAAUAGAAAUUAUAUUUACCUCACUUUCAGAAACUCCCCGCGCGCUACAUUCGCAAUAACGCAACGGCGCGCUUUUGCGUGCAAGCGGCUCGUGCAUUUCGUUACGAAGGAAAUCCUUGCUCGAGGCUCCAAAAUAAAUAGAUAAAACCCGAUGUAAAUAGAAAAGAAAUUUCGCCCCAACGGAAACACCUCCGCCGGAAUCAUUCGCGGGCGUGAAAUUUGGAAUUCGCGGCGCGAUUACGCGCGACUGAUAAAUCCGUCGAAAAUAGAAUCGCCUUCGCGAUCUCGUAAUCCUGACUCGAGUCUUCUCCUCGUCAUCGUCGCCCCUCCUCGCGCCGCGCGAUGAUUUCGCACGAGCCGAUUGGCGCAGCGGGCUGACACGCCGGAAUCCUCCUCGUCGACAGAGUCCUCGGCGCCGGAUGCGAUAAAACGGCUCGUCGCCGUCGUACUCAUCGUCGUUCGCUCUUCCGACCCGACGCCGAUAUAAGUGCGUUCACGCCGUUCGCCGGGCGGACGUUGCGAGAGCGGCGCGGAUAAAAGUCGGUGAAGUGUGCUAGGUCAUUGCUUUUCAGCGACCGAGCCGAGUGAUCCGUCACAGUCGUCGCGGUACACGCGGUCCUGACCGGUCACCGGGUGAUUUCGACUCCUAUCAUUUUCCCUGCUCGCCAGUCCUUCGUCUUCUUUCGCAACUCCUCAUCGUGCCGCGGUUUACCGAACGAGCCCGAUCCGCGUGCAAGCAACGUGCACGUAGUCACGCGUGUGCCUAGAGCAGUCCGUUCGGAAAAGUCAGUCGGCGUGCGACGAUCGGUAUUCAUAUCCUCCAUAUGUAUGGUUCUGUAUAAAUUGAGAGGGGAUAUUCGAUUGAAAAGGAAGAAGGAAUACGCGCUCAGUUACUGGCGCGCGCAUCCGGAGGCUGACCACGCGGGCAGAAAGCGAGCUGUCGCGAAUUUGUAGGGAUUGAUCGAUGGCUCGAUACAUCUCGAGGGAGUGGUCGCGCUGUUUGCCGUUUGACGAUGACGCGCAGAUAAGGCGCGUUUAAUUGAGGGGAAGGAGGCCGGGUGUCCCACUUGUUGGACCAUUACCGGUGUGCUUGCAAUACGAGAGUCCCGUCGUCGCGAACGAGGGAAAAGUGUUCCGCGUUGGGGGCGAUUAUCACUCGAUUGCGCGGCCGUCAUCGCGGCGGCGUCAGGAUGAGCCGCAAGAAGGUGUGGAACUCCAUCGUGCGACGGAAGAAGAAGAAUCACUUGGACUUGCGCGCCAAAGACGAGAACUCACCCUCGGGCAACGUUUCGCCGUUAUUACGACGAGUUACUACGUUGCCAAGAAGAGGCUCCCAACACAGACAUACCUUGGAUCCAGAAUUGUCUUCGUUGCGCGAGGAUGAUAGCAAUCAUCUGUUCGUGGAGUGUGAGUUAAAGUCCCAGUCUUUGCCAAGAGCCUUUCCACCGCAAAUAAUAGUACAGCAGAUUGACAAUGAAGGUGAGUCUAAAGGCAGGUCCUUACCUAGAACUGCUCGAGUAGAACGGGACCGCAAUGUUCGAGAUACAUCGUACGAGAAGGCUUGUCGAAGAGGUAGCGCGCCCGCGACCCCCGUGCUCGGCGCGCGACCCCUGGAUGUCACCCCGAACAGGAUCGUGAACUUCUUCUCGAAGCGGUCGUUCCGGUCGAACCCUCUGAAGAGGACGAAGAGCGUAACGAAGCUUGAACGACAGAAGCAACGGGGCGCCGGUCUCCGGGGAUGCCGCUCGCACGAGUCUCUGCUGUGCGGUCAGGCGGUGACCUCGAUGGACCUCGCGGCGGUGACGCCGCUGCAUCCGAGUCUCCUCGGCAGGCCUCACUGCUUCCAGGUCACGCCGAGCACCGGCGGGCCCAAGUAUUUCAGCUGCAGAACCGCUCACGAACGGGACCAGUGGUUGCACAGCUUAAGGAAAUCCGUUCAGCCGGAUGCGGAACAGACACGCCGAACGGACAAUUCCCUGCAGAUCUGGUUGCUGGAGGCGAAGGGCGUGCCCGCGAAGAAGCGGUAUUUUUGCGAGGUCUGCCUCGACAGCACCUUGUACGCGCGAACGACUGCCAAGCUGAAGGCCGACUUGUGCUUCUGGGGCGAGCAUUUCGACUUCCACCACUUGCCCUCUGUCAACACCAUCCAGGUGAACUUGUACAGGGAAGCGGACAGGAAAAAGAAGAGGGACAAAAAUGUUUUAAUCGGAUCCGUCAGUAUACCAGUACACAAUGUGACAUCGCGUUAUUUGACGGAGAAGUGGUAUCCCGUGGUAGGUGACAAGGGACCUCUCAAGGAGCCUCCUGCGCUAAGAGUAAAGUGCCGUUUCCAGUCGGUUGACAUAUUGCCGGUUCAGGUGUAUCAAGAGUUUCUGGAAUAUCUGAAAACCGAUUACGCGUCGCUAUGCGAAAAAUUGGAACCCGUCAUCGGCGUCAAGGCGAAGGAAGACAUCGCGACUGCCCUGGUAGCGGUGAUGCAACGGGAGAAAAAGGCGCCGCAAUUCCUCGCCGACCUCGUCAUGAUGGACAUUCAUCGAAUAGAUGACGAAAGACUCACUUUUCGAGGGAAUUCGUUAGCCACGAAGGCGAUGGAAGCCUACUUGAAGUUAACCGGUGACAGAUAUCUACAGGAGACUCUGGGAGCCGUCGUGAGAGGCGCAGUCGAAGGCGGCGAUUGCGAAGUGGAUCCACUCAAGGUCGCUUCCGUCGCCGCCUUGCACAAACAACAGCAGAACCUUCGCAACGCCGUGGAGCUGGCUUGGAGCAGAAUACUAUCGAGCCAUGCGCAUUUUCCGCUAGAAUUACGCGAAUGCUUCCGCAUUUUCCGCGAGCGUCUGGCCGAUCUGGGCCGCGAGGACAUCGCAGACAAUCUCAUCUCCGCAUCGAUCUUUCUUAGAUUCCUCUGUCCCGCCAUUCUCAGUCCGUCUCUAUUCAACAUUACGCACGAAUAUCCGAAUGAGAAGGCGGCGAGAAAUCUCACUCUGGUCGCGAAGACGCUCCAAACGCUUGCAAACUUCACGAGAUUCCAGGGCAAGGAAAAUUUCAUGGAAUUCAUGAACGAUCUACUCGAGCGCGAGGCUCCGUCUAUGAAGAACUUCUUGCAGCUAAUUAGCAGUCCACUACCAAAGGACGCACCAACUAAUAACUCGCUCGAGUUUGAUGGCUACAUAGAUUUGGGCAAGCAAUUGUCUCUGCUGCACGCUCUUUUGCGAGAAAGUGUGACGGCGAUCGCGCCAUCCUCGCCAUCGAUGUCACCGUCGCGAUUACCCGAGAUCCUCGAUAGGAUCUCCGUGGCUUUGGAUCAACCGGGCCCAAGUCCCGCGCCCGCUGCGCAUCGUUACCCGAAUCUGCAGAACAAUAUUUUCCGCUAUAACGACCCGACGAUCGCCAACAGCAACACGAAUCUCUCCAUCUCGGCCACGUCGACGCUGAGCAAUCAUAGCACGAUAAACGGCACGAUCAGAGACAGCAACGAGGUGCUGCAGAGCAACACUUUAGGCCACAACAGUUCGCGCAGCCCGAACGUUGCCAGAGCGGCGACUCUACCGCGAAAUGCUUACAUGCCAGCGAACGGCAAGCUGCAGUUGCAAAUCAGCUCCGAUGAUUAUCCUCUGGAGCCGCCAGCGUUCGUGUCGCGCUCGCCGACACCGAUCACGCGGCAACACAGGCCGCUCGGGCCCAACCGAUCCGGACCGGGUUACAGACUGACAGCCAGCGCGAGCCUGGCGAACGUCAAUCACUGCCAGACCCAUCCGACAAGCCCCACGCGUUCCGAGAGUCACAACAACCUGAAGGACUCCAAUUACAACAUCACCGCGUCACCACAAAGCAUCCAGUCGAGUAACGGCAGCAUUGUCUCGCAGCAGCAACAGCAGCAACAGCAUCGGCACAACAUCGCGCGCCUCGCGCAGAGUCUCGACAUCCACGACCGCGAGGACAACUUCAAUCACAACAACUAUAACGUCUCGAGAUCGGCCAGCCGAAACCAUUGUAACAAGGAGGAGAACGCUAAUCAGACCCAGCAUCGCAAUUACAACAAUGUCUCGAAGACCACGGUGAACGCCAAUGUGGUCGUCAAUCCGCCUACGAAUCUCACGCUGUCGAUCAAUCAUCAGCCCAAUAAUAAUUACAACACCUCCAAGGCAAACAACGCGUCCGCGAACGGCAAUCUUGACGAGCUGUCCGAUUUGCUGAGAUACGCGGACGACGAAGUGUCGGAAUCCAAGUCGCAGAAGGGUUCGCAGAUCUCCAUCUCGCAAUUGAGCAACGUGGCUUCUUCGGGCUAUCAGAGCUUCGCCGCUUACAGUCAGAGCUCCAGCCCGGUGGAUCUCAGCAGCAACAAUGCGAACGCGCACAUUCUCAGUACGGCGCCACUGGCAUUCGCCAAUCCUGUUUACCACAUGGAGUCGAAUCACGCGAGGACAGGCAGACGAGGCAGCAGCAGCUCCGAAGAGAGAGACGGCAGCGGCGGCGGCGGCGUCGAUAGUGUGAGAGGCGUCGAUCUGAGCCCCUCGCCACCGCCCAAGAACAACGCGCGAAAUCACCAGAGAAAUGCUCAGAAUCAGUGGCGACAGGGCAAUCAGAAUCACAGGAACAACGCGGAGCACGCGCAGGAUGUUUGCUGCACGAAGCUGCGAAGGAGACUCUCCCUCGAUUCCACGAGGGACCUGUCGGACACCAGUGAGGAAGAGAACUGCACCACCAGGAGAAGCAAGUCUCGCAGUCAUCGAAGCAUCGAUCAGUACGAGGUGGAUCUGUAUGAGGUGGAAAGGCUACAGAAUAGCGUAGAUCGGCUGCGAUUGCGCGCGCGAUUAGGCGCCGAGGAUGCCGAUUUAGACCUCGCGUCCGACAACAACAUGAAGAGCAUCAUUUCCAGGUUAAUCUCCGUGGAGGAGGAGCUACGUCGCGAACAGCAGAAGAUGUCGGCGGCGUUGUCGUACAAGCAGCGCGUGAUCGACGCGCAGGAGCAGCAAAUAGCCGCCCUGGGCGCCGCGAAUUCGCGUCUGAUGUCGACGAACGCGAGCCUGCUCUCGGCGCUGAGCAAGCAGCGUUACAACGCCAAGUCCCAGGCCAACAGCGAGGCCGCGCCGCUGCUGCAGAACAUCGCUGACAUCGGCGAGCUGAAGAGCUCGUCGUGUUAAGGGCGCGAGGGCACGACGCCGGGAGAACGAGAGGAGACACCUUCGGACGCAGGAAGCGUGUUCUUUGAAGAGAACCUCGUGCCGCAAUAGCCGGCGAUCGGUGUCAACGACAGCGUUCACCUUUUCUGAUCGAUGACCCUGUAGCACCUCCACGAGACAGCCGAUUUGCUGCGGGAGAGAUGCGAACAUCGAAAGGGACUAAUCAUCGGUCGAUGUGCGGAUUAACGUUGUUGAUCGGGGGGGAGACAGGGGGGAGGACUCUGAAGAAGCGCGAGGUCUUCCUUGGUCGCGCGAUUCGUUCGUGUCAACUUGGACGAGUCGUUUAAACGACGCCUCGUUACCUCCCGAUCCCCCGAGCUCGCGCGACCGAGAACUUCUUAAACGCGCGGCGCGAGUAGACGGACCCGGUGCCGACCAGGACUCGCGAGACUCGAGGGUGCGCAGCAUCCGUGCCGGGAAAACACUAGAUCGCGACAGUGGGGUAGAGAAUGGCGUGCGAGAAAUAGAGGCUAUUUAGUGAAUAGGCGGACCGAGUAAAGUAGGCAACUUUCGUCGAGUUUAUAUAAUGUGACAUAGCGUUAGGCUAGGGUUUAUUUGUACGCAUGAAUGAAAAGGAAAUCCCGCGACUCGUCCGAGGCCCGUGGAGAGAUACUGCCCGGGUGGCUUUCAACGGCGAUCGACUCGCGUCAGCGCGAUGACCGGUUAGGCGAGUACACGCGACCGCGAGUCUCCCGUCGGCGACUUUGCUUCGUUCGGCACUGAACGAAACGAAAGUGGCAACGAGAUUGUAAAUUCGAUUUUAUCCAAAUUGCGGAUCGGCAGCAGCGAGUGGCGACCCGAUUGCGCCCUCGUUGUUCCAAUUGCGAAUUGUUUCGGUCAUGUAAUUAUCGAGCGCAUGAGCAGAAAUUAAACUUCGUUUCGAAUCGAAUAUUUAGUACACGAGCGGAAACUCGUCAAAAGCGUCGCUUUUCCCACUUUUAUUUAUUUGAAUUUCUUAUCCGGAGACACCCGGGAUGAUUGCGAGAUUUUAUCAGCUUCGGUCCGCUGUGCGCGAUUAAAGAUUGGGCGGCAUCGAGUAGUUUAGCAUCAGCUUGCGCGACGGUGGAUUCCAAUCGGAUCGUCCGAUUGAUCGAGGAUCGCCUCGUCCGGGCAGCGGACACUCGGACGGCGCGCGAAGCAGCCCCGAUCGACGAAUCGCGUGUACGUUUCCCUUGUUUCUACUAUCGUAUCUACGCACAGCCAGCACGCACCGUAACAGUUUAGAGAUAGUACGAUACCUGAAGAGUAUAAUAUCGACGUUCGCGCCACGUCACGACAUAGGAGCCCAGCAUCCUCGAGCACCGGAUCGUACUGCAGGACCUCGUAUAUAUAUAUAUACAUUAUACAUAUAUAUAUAAAUAUAUAUAUACAAUAGGCGUGUCUAUUUUUCUAGUUUGUUCCCCCGAGUGCACGGUCCCUCGCGGCCGUAAAACACGACUUUCAUUUAUGCGUGCGAGUUUUUCGAUCGCGAAGCCUGCGUUUCCUUUUCAAAAUCUGAACGAAUCCGGCCGAGUAUCUCGCGCGACUCUACCUCAGAUCAUCGAGUACCGAGCGAGGAACGGAACGAGCUUCCACGACCAAAAGGCGAGGGUCCGCCGAGCGAGGGGAAGACUCUCGGACUUUCAAAGCGACGUUUCGCGCGUCCGUCAUCGUGUUUUUUUUUUCUAUCUUGACGAGCCGCGAGCAAAUCACGACCACCUUUGGUUUAGCACGACCCUUUACUCUAAGCGACGAUAUUUAUUUAGUAGUGUUUACCAAAGAUGAAGAAUUUCGCAUUGUAAAGAGAGUAUUGAGAUUAUGUAAGAUAUCGGAUUCUCUUUGUUUUUCUUUUUUUUUUUGUUUAAUUUUCACCGUUCUCGAUGAAGGCGAUGAUGAAUUAUCGCCGCGCACGGAAGCGACGCAGGCGGGGACGGUACUCGAGCCCGAGGGAAACGGUGUGCAUGUCACAUAAACGAAAUUCGGAAAUCGUUUUUCGCGCUCGAUACCGUCCGAGGCAGAAGUUGUUGCACACCAAGCCGUGCGCAGAUUCCCCCGAGUUCCCCGUAAUUUUGCGCACAACACAUGACAAGUAAUUAAUUAAUUAAUUAGAUUUCUCAAAGGUCUCGCUCGUUCGCAAAGCGUUAAUGUGUUACGUUUCACAUCACAAUAACAAUUAUUAUUGCAGCCAUUGUCGUAUAAUGCGUGCGGAAGACUGUGAGCGAGUGAGUGAGUGAGUGAGUGAGUGGGAGAGAAAGGAGAGGGUGAGGAGAGCGUGAAAGAGUGACUGAAAGGGUGUGAAUCCGCGUGAGAGGGUGCGUGAGAACGGAUUAUAAUCGAUCUAAUCUCGCUAAGGAGAAGGAAAAAAAAGUAUUAUCUCGUCAACUUUGUACCAUAGCAUUACUCUUCGUCCUGUCCGUCUGAGCGUUUGUGUUUCUUGCCCGACGCCACUUACUUUUGUAUAGAGAUCGCCCCCGUCCUUCUUUCCUCUCGUUCCCCAUCGUUUCUUCUUUUUUUUUUAUACUUUCCCUUCCCCCAUAACCGCGGUAAACCAUAACCGUACUGCGUUCGCGAGGAAAUCGCCCUCUCCCUUAGAAAGGCUACUUUCCUCGACUCGUCGAGUAUUUACAUCUCUGAUAAAAUUAAUAUAUUAACGCUACCGCCCCUUCUUGUUGGACGAUGUAAUCGAUGAAUAUCUAUUUAACGAAUCACUUAAAUUAGCGUGUACAUUAUUAAGUUUUGGUAUAUUCGUUUCUGCAAUAGACCACCUGUAUUUAAGCAUAUAGCGACUAUUACACUACAUGAAAUAAAUACGAAUUAGACAUA